GAGUCGCUUAAGUAAGUUGUUCAAUGAUUUCGGUAUUUUUGUUGGGAAAAAAUCUGGUUUGAGUGGGUGCAGGACACCGCCUUGCGAGCGAUCAUCUACGACAUACAUGAAAACUCCGAAUGACGCAGUAUUAUUCGUCUCUGAUGUUGCCGCAAAUUUAUACAUUUUCGCGAAUCAGGGGCGAACCAAUCGCGAGGAUUUUUCGCGUAAGAGGGAAAAUUGACUAGUGGUAGUGAGCGUGCUUAUUGGUUCGGCGCUGAUUCGCGAAUGUGGAUAAAAGCGCCCGAUUUCCAGCGAAAACCAUUAAAAUUCUCAGAUUGCUGAUACAGUUAUCGAUAUUUAGUGUCUCGGUGAUUUAUCUUUCGUUUUCUGAAACUUCGACAAUGGCUCCCCCAGGCAAGUCUAUUGGUAAAUCCAUGAAGAAGAUCGGCAUCGUCAAAGCGCAGAAAAAUUCGAAAAACGUAGCGCCCAUGGGAGAGAAGAAGAAGGUUAAGAAGAGGAAGGAGACCUACGGUAUCUACGUCUACAAGGUGCUGAAGCAGGUGCACCCGGAUACGGGAAUCUCGAGCAAGGCGAUGAGCAUCAUGAACAGCUUCAUCAACGAUAUCUUCGAGCGCAUCGCUGGCGAGGCCUCUCGUCUAUCUGGCUACAACAAGAAGAGUACCAUAACCUCGCGGGAGAUACAGACCGCUGUCCGGCUUCUGCUUCCUGCUUUCAAAAUGUGGUGCGUAUUAAAAGGAAUUGCAGCAUCUUUACUUCUGAUGGCUACCAUUUUAUGUUUUGACAUACGAUCUUGCGAUGGAUUACGAAUUCUCGGAUUAUUUCCAUUCCAAAGUAAAAGCCACUUUGCCAUGGCGGGAAAUUUGAUGCGUGGCCUGGCAGAACGCGGUCAUCAGGUUGACGUUUACAGUCAUUUCCCUCUGAAGCAACCGAUACCAAACUACAAGGAUUACAGUUUGGCCGGUACAUUGCCAGAUCUAAUGAACAAUUUGACUUAUCAAGUGCUCACUCAGGAAUUAGGUACUCCUAUGGCGUUGAACAACUGGCUGAAAAUAUCCGGUUUGCCUGUUUGCAAACUUAUGGAUUUACCGGUUUUUCGCAGGCUUUUUGAGGAACCGCCCAACGAUCCAUCAUAUGAUCUUAUUGUAUCCGAGGUAUCCCUGUCAUUAUGUUACCUCGUGUGGAAUCGUCGACUCAAUGUACCGAUGGUCGACCUGAUGACAACUGUACCUGCGGAUUGGUUAAACUGGGCACGUCGAAAUCCCGUGAACCUCGCCGUAGAUCCGUCCUUUCUCACACCAUACAUACCCCCAAUGACGUUCCUGGAGCGCCUGGACAACGUCAUCACGUAUUACACAACUAUAGUGAAGUUUAACUUGGGUAUGCGGGAACAGGACACAUGGGUGGAACAAAACUUUGGACCCGGCUAUCCAUCUGUCGUUGAGAUGCUAAAUGAUUUGGCUUUGUUGCUACUCAACUAUCAACCGACACUAAACGGCCAGAGAACCUUUCCGCCGUCUAUUGUGCCUGUGGGUGGAUUGCACGUUGUUGAUCGCAACGAGACUCUGCCAAAGGAUCUACAAAAGUGGCUCGAUGACAGCGAAGCGGGCUUCGUAUACUUUACUUUCGGCUCGAUGGUCCGGAUAGAGACCUUUCCUAAGCGGAUAAUCCAGACUUUUUACAAAACUUUCGAAAAAAUCGCACCGGUUCGCGUGCUCUGGAAAAUCGUCCAGCCAAAAGAGUUGCCACCCAAUUUGCCGAGCAACGUCAUGACGCAAACUUGGCUGCCGCAAGUUCAGAUUCUCAAGCACAAGAACAUCCGGGCGUUUAUAACGCAUGGCGGACUGAUGGGAACGCACGAAGCCAUUUACUACGGCGUUCCAAUGGUGGGCAUCCCUCUGAUGGCCGAUCAGCAUUUCAAUAUCAAGACUUACGUGACGAAGGGAAACGCUGUCAAGGUCGAGUUACAAGAGAUAACCACGGAGAAAUUGACGAGCGCCGUCAGCCAAGUGUUGAAGAAUCCAGUGUACAAGAAAAAUGCAGCGCAGCUCAGUAAAAGCUUUCGAGAUCAACCGAUGAGCCCUAUGGACACUGCUGUCUUCUGGAUCGAGUACGUUGCACGACACGGAAAAAAUGUACUGAGGUUACCCGUCGUGGACAUGCCCUGGUGGCAAGCUAAUUUGUUGGACGUUUAUGGAUGCAUCUUAGGAGCACUUAUAAUUUUAGUUUACCUAUGCAUUAAGAUUGUUAAAAUGAUAACGCAAUUCUUUACUUCGAAACUUUGUAUUUAUACGAAUAGCAAAACGAAAACCAAUUGACAGUAAUCUUAUUGAUAAACUAGAUGAU